AUGUUCGAAGAAUUGGAACAGAAUGGAUUUUUAGGUCCUGACAAAUUGGAAGUUUGGAAAGAUAUAUUGAAAGGCCUGAAAGAAUGGCCGCUUUUUGGUAGUGUAAAGGCGUUUGAGAUUAAAAGAAAGGAGUAUAGCGGAUUACUAGAAAGAAUCAUUCUUGUUCUCGACGAGCUCGAUUGUUUGGAAGAAUUGUCCGCCAUUUACAGUGAUCGAAUACGGGAAGAAAAGCAUGGAAGCAUACAAGAUAUAAGAUCACUUUUUAAGGAGCUGGAGGACAAUGAUUCUUUAGGAUUUGACCAACUCGAAGUCGAUUUUGACCCGAAAAGAGAAAACUGA